CUCAACCUGUUUCACCAUGGCAUCGACUGCAAAAGCAAAGUCAAAACCUCCUCCACUUUCAGAUCAAGAGAUACAGCAAAAUUAUAAUCGGUUCACAAGUGAACUUCAGACUCUAGCACGAAAGAUUGGUGAAUUGGAGGCGGAAUCCGAAGAACAUGGACUUGUUCUCAGUACGCUAGAGGAGGCGUUGGAAGAAGAACCCGAUCGGAAAUGUUUUCGUUUAAUCGGCGGUGUGCUAGUAGAGAGAACAGUGAAAGAUGUUGUCCCUGCGCUGCAAACAAAUCGCGACGGGAUUCGAAAAGCGGUCGAGAAUCUGACUGAGCAAUACACGACCAAGGAAAAAGAGUUGGAUGCAUUCAAACAAGAUUAUAACAUUCGACUUGUAACGAAAGCCUAGAGAAUAUAGAUAACGGUUAAACUGCCA